CCUCAGCUCACUCUAUUCCACGCCCACGGCGCCUGCUCCCUGGUCCUCUGCAUGCUCCUCAAAUAUGUCGAUCUUCCAUUUAACUCCGUGCUUCUUGUGGCGGGCCCGGACGGUGGCGAGGCCGCUGAUGGCUCCUUCAACAGCGCCGAAUACCGUGCUAUCCACCACAGCGCAUACGUACCGGCUCUCAAGAUCACUCCAGACGGCAUCGUCAUUACUGAGCUGGUAGCCAUCGCUUUCUACAUCUCCAGGCUGGUGCCCGAGAGAAAGCUCAUUCCAGCGUCAGCUGUGGGCGAGGCCCAAUUCUUGCAAUGGAUGACAUGGCUGACCGGAACAUUGCACGGCCAAGGCUAUGGCAUGGUGUACCGACCUACCCGUUUCGCUGCCCCGGAUCUUGACGUCGUCAAUGAUAACAUCUUGGCCGCCAUCAGGGAGACCGGACGGCGCAAGGUCCUCGCGUGCUAUGAGUGGAUUGAGUCGAAUUUGUCGGACGAUGGCCACAUGAUUGGUGGAGAACUAUCCAUCGUAGACUUCUACUUGGUGGUGUUCUAUGGCUGG